AUGCAGCAAAGUCAUGUUUCAAGAGGUUCCGGUGGCCCCGGCGCUUCUUCUUCCGGUCCUGCCACCUCUACCGAGCGGGGUAGAACCACUACGGCUGGCGAGGACUAUUCGGAGUUCUGGACCUCGUGUUCCAAUGAUAUGCUCCCCUCGUGGGGGUGGAACGGGGAGGACCUUUCCGGCCUGAUCUCAACGAACAAGGACACGCCCAGCCUGAGCAGCGCCGGAGGAGUGGCUUCUCUCGAUGACGAGCUUGCUGGCGCCACUGUAACCCAGACCUCGCCGCCGGACAUCGAAAUUCAUCCUCCCCAGGGCGACCACCGGAGAGACUUGUACCGGCAACUUGCCGAUCUUAGCCAUACAUUGAGCCAAGAUGCCCAGGGCUUGGCGUCAUCGUCAUUGGGAGCCGACCUUGAUCUGAAGCACGUCGGUAGCAGCUGCAUCCAGCGGGCUUUCAAGUGCUUAGAGGCGCUCAAAUCUCUGACCGAUGAGCUGCGGAUAAAGACGCAGCACAGCCUCCAGGCCCUGCCUCAGGCCGAUGUCCUUCUCACACCCAACAGCGACUGGAGCCGAACUGGCGUCUUCUUCACGGAAAAGGACGCUGAUCAUCUCGGCAGGAGUUGUCAGACAGGCCCCGGCACGACGACAACGGCCGACGUCCGCCCUGGUACAGACCGCCACCUCGACAUGAUCAUGUCGCUACACAUCGUGACAUCUUAUGUGUGCCUAAACCAGAUCCUGAAGCGCACCCUGGGCUCCAUCCUCGCGGCCGUCGUGUCCCAGCAGAAAGGCGGGGGGGAUGGCUCCGGAUCCUCGUCCACAGAGAAGCCGCUGCUGCUGUGGCCGGACAUCCAAAUCGAGGGCCUUACGGGGGACGGCGAUAAUCUUCUCAGGGUACGGUUGUUCGCCGAGACAUGCCUUCACGUGGCGACGGGGAUUCACAAACGCCUCGAGUCGCUGACUUCGGCCGCCAAGGACACGAUGGGGUCCAGCCUCUCGAGACCCAUGAUGAUGGUUUUGGGUGGGGGAGGCGACUCGCUCGACGAACUCGACGUCGAUAUCCGCGGAAUCAAGCUAUUGUGCAGCCAGAUCUCGAGCGCUGUCGAGGAACGCGCUUGGUAA